GAGGUGUUCCUGGUAGCCAUCUUUGAUGCGCGAAGUGAUUGUUUGACGAAUAGAAAUAAUAGAAAAUAAAAAUAUAGCGUAAAAAGUUAAGUAAUUGAGCUGGAACCGAAGGGGAUAUUAAGAAGUAAGGUGAAACUCAGGAAAAUAAGGAAAAGAAGGCAUGAAGAAAACAUCAUAGUUGAGUCGUCAUGGCUGAUAAAAGGAAACUUCAAGGUGAAAUAGACAGAUGUUUGAAAAAAGUUGCGGAAGGAGUAGAGCAAUUUGAGGACAUUUGGAAAAAGUUGUAUGUCUGUGCUUUUGCCCAUCAGCUCCACAAUGCAGCCAACGCCAACCAAAAAGAAAAAUAUGAGUCUGACCUCAAGAAAGAGAUAAAAAAAUUACAGAGGCUUCGAGACCAGAUUAAGACGUGGGUUGCCUCCAGUGAGAUUAAAGAUAAAAGACAGCUAGUAGAAAACCGAAAACUCAUAGAAACGCAAAUGGAGCGAUUUAAGAUCGUGGAACGGGAGACCAAAACGAAAGCGUACUCUAAAGAGGGACUCGGUCUCGCUCAGAAAGUCGAUCCCGCACAAAAAGAGAAGGAAGAGAUCGGGCAGUGGCUAACGAACACAAUUGAUACUUUGAACAUGCAAGUGGAUCAGUUUGAGAGCGAAAUAGAAUCACUCUCUGUCCAGACGAAGAAGAAAAAAGGAGAUAAAGAGAAGCAGGAUCGGAUUGAAGAACUUAAGCGCCUGGUCGAACGACACCGCUUUCACAUUGGCAUGCUCGAGACCAUCCUCCGAAUGCUGGACAACGAUUCGAUACAGGUGGAUUCCAUCCGCAAGAUUAAAGAUGAUGUCGAAUACUACCUUGAUUCAUCUCAGGACCCAGACUUUGAAGAGAACGAGUUCAUCUACGAUGAUAUUGAUUUUGAGGAGAUCCCCCAGCCAAUAGUGGCAACAUCUCCACCAGGUACCGCGGAAGAUGAUCUUUUCCAACACUCAAGUUCUACGCCAACCUCGACAACGUCCUCUUCGCCCAUCCCUCCCUCCCCAGCCACUUGCACUACGAAUUCGGAAGAUGAAAAGAAAAGAGGUCGUUCGACCGACAGCGAAAUCAGUCAGUCGCCAGUCAAGACAAAUCCUGCGUUCUUAUUUCAGUCACCUAUCAAGAACGGAAAUCCAUCUUCAUCUCUAUCCUCCUCGUCGUCAUUGUCAUCGUCCUCGGGAGCCUCUUCAAACUCUUUGAUCUCCAUGGCAACUAUAACCAGUGGUGCAAGCUCGACAUCAGGGGGCAGCAGCCUUUUAGGCAACGUGAUAGCCUCCCAUCAGAACUCUGGCAGCUACAGUUCUGCAACCCAGCAACAAUCACAACAAAGCACACACCAGCACCAGCCCAAAAACCCUUCCCAGUCCAACGCUAACUCCGCCUCCAACAGCAGUAUCUUAAUGUUGACACCCAGAUCCACUUCACCGCCUAACACCAGCACAACCGGCCCUGUGACGCCCGUCUCCCAGAGCCAGAUGGGUUUCGGUUCCAGUCUGGGCCUGGGGAAGGGUACACCAACAAGUGGCGCAAACCAGAUCCCCGGCCUGGUCCUCUCAGGGAUGCCGGCAUCCCUGAGCAGCAUGGCUGGGUUUUUAAGCGGAUUGAGUCCAGCGCCUUAUGCGCAAGCGGCCGCAGCAGGUGCUGUCAGCAGCGGGUUUUCCGGAGCAAAUGUUAGUAGUACCAACUCAAGUGGAGUUGUAACAUCAAUGACUGCUAACGGAAGUCUGAGCUCCACGAGCCUCUUGGGCUCGGGGCCUGGUGUGUUGGGUCUCGGGUUGACGCAGUCUUCUGUGGAGCCUCUGGUUGUUUCAAGCCCUGUGGGAGGAGGACUGACCUCAGGGAGCAGUGUGGGGGUUAUAGGAAGCAACGUAGGGACCUCUGGGACAGGAAGUGCACCAGCUAUGGGAAGUGCCGGGUUACCCCGACCACCAAGUGGACCGAAACAAAAUGGUGGUACAAGUUAUAGUGCCGUGGUAGCGGACAGCACAGCUGACUCCAUUCUCAACAGUGCCCCCCAACUGCAAAUUAGCCAAUCUACAUCCUUAAAUUCCUCAGCAAAUCAGCCAAAGGACACUGGGUCCAGCCUUCUGGGGUCGAUGAUGCUACCGCCCAGCUCGCCCUCCCCAUCAUACAGUGAGAGUAAACCAGCUGGUGGAAGCCUACUGAAUGGCCCUCACUCCUAUACACAGGCUGUUGACACCAUCAAGCCUCAGGAGCCUCCGAGCUCUUUGAAAUCCAUGGCAGAGAGGGUAGCUCAUGGCUCAGGGUUAGAAGAAGAGCUGUCUGCACUACAUAUCACUAGUGAUAUAUUUCCCAACUCCACCACUCCGUCGGGCACUCCUGCAGCUCCUCAGUCAUCUGUAUCAGAGGUGAACAUCCCACCAUCGUUGGGGGUGUGUCCGCUUGGCCCUGCCCCCCUUUCCAAAGAGCAGCUGUACCAGCAAGCCAUGCAGGAGUCUGCCUGGACGCACAUGCCUCGCCCAUCUGAUUCGGAGAGGAUCAGGCAGUACCUGAUGAGGAAUCCAUGCCCUAUACUGCCUUUCCACCACCAGAUGCCACCUACUCACUCUGACACUGUGGAGUUCUACCAGAGACUGUCUACAGAGACCCUCUUCUUCAUCUUUUAUUAUUUAGAGGGUACGAAGGCACAGUAUCUGGCAGCCAAGGCCUUGAAAAAGCAGUCAUGGAGGUUUCACACAAAGUACAUGAUGUGGUUUCAGAGGCAUGAGGAGCCCAAGACCAUCACUGAUGAGUUUGAGCAGGGGACGUAUAUUUACUUUGACUAUGAAAAAUGGGGCCAGAGGAAAAAGGAAGGAUUUACAUUUGAGUAUAGAUAUCUCGAGGACCGAGACCUUCAGUGACGAGCAGACAACUGGCAGGAACGGAGGACUACUGUCGACAUUCCGAACUGAAACAACACGCACAUACACACUCUCUUUCAUUCACUAAGGUGGAGACCCAGAUGCGAGUGCGGGACUGUUUUUUGUCUCGCUGGUGCAUAUGCAUCCGGAGCUCACCCACUCUUCUUCAAUACCCCACCUUGACACGCCGCUCUCCAUUUGUAACGCCGCCCCAUCAGA